UAAUGAAUGUGAUGAUGAAUUACAAGCGAACAGAAGGAAACUAGACGAAACUGCAACAAGAGAUUUUGUAUAUCGUAGUGGGAUUAUUACAAUGAGGUUGCUAAUGACAAGCCUGACAUAAAUAAAGUUGUAUUCGUCAUAUACAAUGACAAGGACAACAUACUCCAUAGAUUUCAGCAUUUUUCGGCACUUUUGGGAGCAGAGUCACCUACAAAUAUCCCCAGAUUUUGAUUCGAUACAUUAUGGAAGAAAUUGUGGGUACAAGAAGGCAGAGCUAUUCCAAUAUAUACCGUAGCUACGAAGGGACAUAUAAAACAAACAAGGGUUGGAGAUAAACUCUAUAAAACCCCCGAUAACAAGAAUAAAUAAAAAGAAUGAAUUAUUAAAAAUUUCCAUCUUCAAAAAAGUACUCCUAACAUUUAAAACGUGUAUAUAUAAAUUGUAAAAUUCCUUAAGUAACAAAUAAUGAUAUUUAUAUCGAUUAGUGCAGAAUAUCAUUUAAAAUAUCUUUAAAUAUUCAUUAAAAGGAAUUCAUGACGUCCUAACUUAGAGAUGACUAAUAAGAAAUAAAUAAUAAUCAAAAUACGUGUUUAUAGCAAAUAAAUCCGUAUAAAUGAAUAUGUAUUUUAACGAGUUCUAUUGGAACGGAAUAAAAAGCGUAGGAGAAAGAACAAUGACGUGGCUCUACUUUGCAUUUUACUCCACUGUUCGUGCUGCUUCUACUCCACGUUGAGUUUCACCACUCGAAAAAUUCUUUUCUCUCGCACCCCAGAGUUUUUUUUUCUUUAAUUUGCACUCUAAUGAAAUUGCAAUUUGAGCCUGAUGAAAGAAAAUAAAGAGAUUUUUUUUUGAUUCCGAAGAAAAUAAAUUUUUAAUUUCUUCUAGAAGUUUUUGUUUUUAUCUUAUUAGUGUUUAAGGUUAAAAUAACGUUUGACCUCUCCGGAUCGUUUCUCUCCGCCUAAAAAUACCGAUUAUAAAUCAAGAUAUUGUUUUAAGUUUAUGUUUGGGCUAUCUUUGGGAAGAGGUUCAUUAUCAAAUCGAAAAUUUCGGAGUGAAAAAGUGAUUCAAGACUAAAUAGUUGGAUCGAAACAAAAAAUGUUUCUUUUUCUUCUUCGUCUUCGUCUCCUCCUUUUAUCAUUUUACUUCGAGAUAAUGGUGUCACGUUUGGUUGGCGAACGGGGGGCAUUCAAGAAAUCGUAGACAUGACGCAGUAGUUGUAGAGUAUACACAAAUACGUCUAUAUGUAAUCGAAAGACUUUCUGUUAGUUUGGAAUAUUUUUUUUUAAACAAUUCGAAUGAUAAUAAAUUAAUUAUGGGAAUUGCAAAGUUUUUGUCUAAUAAACAAACACAAAUUUUAUGUACAUCAAUAGCAUGUUUAAGUUUAAUUUCGGAUAAUAUGCAAGUAAGCUGGUCAUCACCGGCAACACCAAAGUUAAAAAAACCAGAUAGUCCAAUAUCAAAUUUCAAUGAAGAAACAGCCUCAUGGAUUGAACGUUUAUACUUAAUUGGAAGUUUAAUUGGUUUACCCAUAACGAUAAUUUUAGUUGAUAGAUUAGGAAGGAAACCAUCAAUAAUGAUCGCAUCAUCAACAAAUUUAUUAUCAUGGACAUUAAUCGCAAUUGCAACUAAUAAAGAAACCCUAUAUGUAUCACGAUUUUUGGGAGGUUUAUCAUCCGCUAUAAAUUUUAUUGCCGUUUCAAUUUAUAUAGCUGAAAUAGCUGAUAAAAAAGUGAGGGGAUUUCUUUCCUCUUUUAACGCGCUUUGUGGUGUUAUAGGUGUUAUUAUAAUGUAUUCAGUGGCUCCAUUUGUGUCAAUAACUUCUUCGGCAGUUGUGGCAGCUUCUAUAAACGCGUUUCAGUUGGUGGCUUUCUUUUUUAUACCAGAAUCACCGUAUUUGUUGAUUAAAAAGAAAAAAAUGGUAAAAUGUCAAAAAGCUUUAACAUUUUUAAGAAAUAAUAACCUAAAAAGCGUUGAAGAUGAAUUCGAAGAAAUUAAAGAAGCAGUUCAAAGGCAAGAAAAAGAAAGCCAUCGAGUUGUUGAUUUAUUUGUUGAUGCUGGAAAUAGAAAGGCAACAUUAAUAGGUUGUAUGUUAUAUGUUGCAGAACAUUUUGGCUGUGUUACUAUUAUUUUGAUGAAUUUACAAACAAUUUUAGAAGACGCAGAUGGUGCUUUACAACCAGAAAUAGUUUGCAUUUUAUUCGCAAUUGUAACAUUAAUUUCUUGCAUAAUAGGAAUGUGUGUUAUUGAUAAAAUAGGUCGAAGAGUCUUAUUAUUAUCUUCAAUAGCAAGUACAACUUUUUUCUUAAUAAUAAUUGCGACCUAUUUCGUUCUAAAAGAUGUUAAUUAUUAUAAUUUAAAUAAUUUUAAUUGGAUUCCGAUUGUUUGUAUAAUAUGCUAUGGGCUUUCUGUAAAAGGUGGUGUUGAAAUGGUUCCAGUAAUUGUAACAGCGGAAUUAUUUCCCACAAAUGUAAAAGCAAUUGGUUUAACAUUUGCUGAUACCGUUUACGUUGGAUGCAGCUUAUUAGUUUUAUACGUUUAUCAAAUAUUAGAAUCAAAAUUAGGGAUUUAUUACCCAUUUUAUCUAUACUCGAUUAUUUGCGCAACAAUCGGAAUCGGAAUUUAUUUUUUCGUACCGGAAACUAAUCGGAAAACACUCGAAGAAAUCCAACUGGAAUUACGGGGGAUUAAAAAACGUGAAACUCGUUUAUUAAGAGAAAUUUAGCUCAAAAUGUUUAUUUUAAAAAAUAAAAUGAUUAUAAAAUUU